CCGGCCAGGGAGCGGCCUGCGUGAGGACGGCCGUAGCGGUGACGUCACGAUCCGGGGUCCCGAGUUCUGUGAGGAGACGGAGCAGAGAGGUCAGAGGUCACAUCGAGAGUCCGCCCGGCACCGAGGAUCCCGCGGUGGAAUCCUCCUCCUCUGAGCGCCCACAAUGCACGCCCGCCUGCUGGCAGACUUCCGCAGCCACAUCAGAUGGCGGGGCUGGCGGUGCGUGUGUGCACAACAGCGCUCCGCCUCCACGGAGGUCCAGCCCCUCCCCCCUCGGGCCCAAGUGGUCAUCUGUGGAGGCGGCAUCAUGGGGGCAUCUGUGGCCUACCACCUGACUAAGCUGGGCUGGCAUGACAUCCUGUUACUAGAACAGGGCAGGUUGGGUGCCGGUUCCACGCGGUUCUGUGCCGGGGCAGUGAGUACCGUCAAACACAUCUCUAUAGAGACUGAAAUGGCCGAAUAUUCCAACAAGCUUUACCAGCAGCUGGAGGCGGAGACUGGAGUGCCGACAGGGUAUACCAGGACGGGCACCAUUCUCCUGGCUCAGACGCAGGACCGACUCAUCUCUCUGCGGCGGAUAGUGUCACGGCUGAGGAUGAAGGGAAUACCAUGUGAGAUCAUUACACCAAAGAGAGUAGGGGAACUCCACCCCCUCAUUAAUAUUCAUGAUCUGGUCGGCGCCAUGUACGUGCCGGAGGAUGCUGUGGUGUCCACUUCGGAUGUGACGCUUGCCAUGGUGACUGCUGCCCGAAGUAAAGGUGCUCAGGUCCAUGAACUUACUACGGUCAACCACGUUCUGGUGGAGAAAGGCCAUGUCAGCGGAGUGGACACAGACCGAGGCCAGGUGGAGUGCGAGUACUUUGUGAACUGCGCAGGACAGUGGGCCUAUGAGCUCGGCCUGUCCAAUGAGGAGCCUGUCAGCAUCCCGCUGCAUGCCUGCGAACACUUCUACCUCCUGACCCGCCCCCUGACCAAGCCCCUGAUGGAGGGCACACCCACUGUGGUGGAUCCAGACGGCAGGAUUUAUAUCCGCAACUGGCAAGGUGGAAUCCUGUCUGGAGGCUUCGAGAAGAACCCCAAACCCAUCUUCACCGAAGGACGCAACCAGCUGGAGAUUCAGAACCUGCAGGAGGACUGGGACCAUUUCGAGCCUUUACUCAGCGCUCUGCUGCGUCGGAUGCCAUCCCUGGAAGCACUGGAAAUCUUACGCCUGGUCAAUUGUCCAGAGUCCUUCACCCCCGAUAUGCGGUGUGUGAUGGGUGAGAGCCCUACGCUAGCCAAGUAUUUUGUGCUGGCCGGGAUGAACUCUCAGGGCUGCUCACUGGGAGGCGGUGCUGGCAGGUUCCUUGCAGAAUGGAUGGUCCACGGUUACCCUCAAGAUAACGUAUGGCCUCUGGACAUCAAGCGCUUUGGGGCCCUUCAGAGCAGCAGGACCUUCUUGCGGCACAGAGUAAUGGAGGUCAUGCCACUGAUCUAUGAUCUAAAGGUUCCACGAUGGGACUUCCAGACUGGACGGCAGCUGCGCACCUCCCCCCUCUAUGACCGACUGGAUACCCAGGGGGCCCGAUGGAUGGAGAAGCACGGCUUCGAGAGGGCCAAAUAUUUUGUACCUCCUGGAAAAGACCUGCUGGCCCUGGAUCAAAGUAAAACCUUCUACAAGCCGGACUGGUUCGAUAUUGUCGGCUCGGAGGUGAAGUGCUGUAAGGAAGCCGUGUGCGUCAUCGACAUGUCGUCCUUCACUAAGUUCGAGAUCAGUUCUCCAGGGGAACAGGCGCUGGACAUCCUGCAGUAUCUCUUCUCCAAUGAUCUGGAUGUCCCCGUGGGGCACAUCGUUCACACCGGGAUGCUGAAUGAGCGCGGAGGAUACGAGAACGACUGCAGUAUGGUGCGGCUCAAUAAGCGCAGAUUCUUCAUGAUCUCCCCUACAGAUCAGCAGGUCCAUUGCUGGUCUUGGUUGAAGCAGCACAUGCCCAGUGACAGUGACUUACUGUUGGAGGACGUCACCUGGAAGUACACCGCUCUGAACCUGAUUGGUCCACGUGCCAUGGAUGUACUGUCUGAGCUUUCCUACACUCCCAUGACACCCGACCAUUUCCCAUCUAUGUUCUGUAAGGAGAUGAGCGUGGGCUACGCGAACGGUAUCCGCGUCAUGAGUAUGACCCAUACCGGAGAGCCGGGGUUCACGCUGUACAUUCCCAUUGAGUACGCAUUACAUGUCUAUAAUGAAAUAAUAAGCGUGGGACAGAAGUAUGGAAUCCGUAACGCCGGUUACUACGCCCUGAGGAGUCUACGCAUUGAGAAGUUCUUCGCCUUCUGGGGUCAGGACCUGGACGCCUUCACCACCCCGAUGGAAUGUGGGCGUGAAUUCCGAGUCAAGCUGGACAAGGGAUAUGACUUCAUCGGCCGGGACGCCUUGCUGCAGCAGCGGGAAGAGGGCAUCUUUAAACGGUUCACUAUGUUCAUCUUGGAAGAUCAUGACACAGACCUGGACUUGUGGCCCUGGUGGGGGGAGCCCAUCUACCGCAAUGGGGAACUUGUGGGCAAGACCACCAGCAGUGCCUAUAGCUACACCCUGGGCAGACACGUGUGCCUGGGCUUCAUUAACGGCCAGGACCCCGUCACCCCCGAGUUCAUCAACCGAGGACAGUACGAAAUAGAAAUCGCUGGACAAAGAUUCCAGGCCAAAGCCAAGCUUUACCCCUUCAGUUCGCUGUUCACCCAGAGACGCCGCAAAGAAGACCUGGAAAUGGGGUACUGAGCUGGCCUUGGGCUCGCCAACAGACACACUGAGCUGGAAGAAGGGGUAUCUAGAGCUGCGGAUCGGCAUGGAGAUGGUAUGAGCACAAUCCUGGCCUUGUGGAGUACGGAGUGUGCUCAUAAAUCCUUCUAAUGUCAGAGGCCAGCAGGGAGCUGCCCGUCCUGAAAUGUGGCCCCUGGGACCCCGACAGUGCUUAUUGCUGAAUAUGAUUGGGUCACUGAUGAGCACAGUGUGUGAAUAAUACACCUGCAGCAUCUCUGAGUUCACCAUACAAAGUUCAAGACGUCCAGCACUCUUCUGUGCGCAAUUUCCAGCCUUGCGCUAUUACCUCUGCAGAUGCCAAGAGGAGCACCAUAGGGCUGGUGCCAUUUUGCAGCUCCAUUUUUAGGAAAAUCCUUUUCAGACAAAGUGUGUUGGAAUAUCAGCCAGCUAUGUUCAUAAAAGGGAAACGCUCGCUGUCCAUACCAUGGCGACAUUUUGAUAUCCUUCUGCAACAGUCAAUGGCUCCCAAUCAUUGCUCUGUAAUCUUCUUCUCUGUUCAGUAAUUCCAUUCAAUACAAUGUCACUGUGCUCUGGGGCUCUGCUGGGCAGAUUCUCCCCAUCCCUGGUUCAGCUGUGACUGGCUGAGAGUUCAGCUUUGCAGCCGAGUGACUGUUGUGCCCAUCUUUAUCUAUCUGUAGAGAUAUAUACGGAGGGUUUAGUCACUUGGCUGAAAAAGCCAAGGUCAGCCAGUCAUAGCUAUACCAGCAAUGGUCAGCAAUAAAGGCUCCUCCCCGCCCCCCCCGCUGCAGGCUACUUUCACACUUUAAUCGCCGCAAAAACAUGGAAACCCGCACCAAGGGUGAUUUCUUAUUUAUUUUUGCCACGUUUUCUAUUGCUUUCAAUGGGGAGGUUUUUUUUUAUGCGUUUAUUUUUUUUUUUUUACCAUUGAAGGACCCAGCUUUUUCCUGACAUUUGUUGUGUACAAGUAAAAAACAAAAUCAUAAUUUGUUGCUUGAAAAUUACUUGGAACUCCCAAACAUUAUUUUUUUUUUCCC